GACCACAUAGGGAGGGUCUGGACAUGGGUGAGCCACACACCAGCCAAACUUUAUCCUAAGCUUCUAUAUAACUAAACCUGCUUCCUUCCCCCUCCGCUCACAUCCGCCAUUUCCCCGCCGCCAACUCCGCCGGUGGCAGCCAUGUUAGAAGGCAAAGCAGUCAUCGGAGAGACGGAUAUGUUGCAGGCCAUGCAACAGAACGCUCUGGACCUUGCGGCUAAGGCCCUUGACAGUUUUGAUGUCACUGAACCCACUGACAUUGCCCGUUUCAUUAAAAAGGAAUUUGACGGGAUGUAUGGUGGAGGAUGGCAAUGCAUAGUGGGAACGGAUUUUGGGUCAUUUGUGACACAUUGUUGCGGAUGCUUCAUCUAUUUUUGUGUUGGAAGCCUUGCAGUUUUGCUGUUCAAAGGCUCUUCUGGCUCUGAAAAACCUAACCCAACUCAAUUUUCUAUUUUGGAGACGAUCAAGGGAUGAUCAGAUGUUGGUAGAAUUCGUGAUUUUGAAAUGGAUAAAAUCGUUUGUGAUCAUACGUUUAAUUCUUUAAAGUUGAUUUUAUGAUGGAAAAAUUACGUUAAAUCGACUUUGAAUUAUUAAA